AUGUCUGCUCCUCUUACCCUCUAUCUCGCCGAGUCGGGCCUCAACUGGCUCAAACUUGUCGUGGUCAUGGAAGAGCUCGGUCUCUCUUACAACGAGGUCAUCCUUGACUUUGCCAAGGAGGAACACAAGACCGAAGAAUAUCGCAAACUCAACCCCAACGGUCGCAUUCCGACCCUCGUCGACCACUCCAACAACGACGAGGUCGUCUGGGAGAGCAACGCUAUUCUCAAGUACAUCGCCGAGCGCUACGAUACCGAGAAGAAGCUCCUUGUGACCGACGACAAGGAAAAGGCCGACCUUGACACUUGGCUGUUCUAUCAGGCAUCUCACCAGGGACCCACGUUCGGACAGGCCCAAUGGUUCAUGUUCUACCACACGGAGAGGAUCCCCAGCGUGAUUAUCCGCUUCCAGAACGAGAUCAAGCGCAUCUUCGGUGUUCUCAACGACGUCUUGAGCAAGAAGGAAUGGUUGGUCGGAAACAAGUGCACGAUUGCGGACCUGGCCUUUAUCAAGUACAACGACUAUGCCAUCCACCACCUCCUCCCAGAAAACUUCAACGUCGAGCGCGAGUUCCCACACCUUGCUGCGUGGCACGCCAAACUCAUGGCACGCCCAGCUGUCCAGUACGCGUUCAAGCAUAUGGAUGAACUCGACGUUGGACGCGAGAGGCAACAUGUGACUGGUAUGACGCACUCGGCAUUCGCGCAGUCCGCUGUCGGAAUCGCGAGGCGUGGUAUUGCGGCACAGGCUGCAAAGGGGGAGAUUCUGUCGACUGCGUAA